AUUAGAUCUCUCGGAAACUUUAAACGUAACUGCCGCAUUACAAUACUUCGUGCUAAGGGAUCGAUCGCAAAGACGAAGACCAAGAUUUAUGAGUAUGGCUAGAUGUGGACUGUCACAAGUGCCUAAGCAAUGCAGGCUUCGAACGUAAUAGAACAGAUGGAAUUCUUCACGCUGUACGGAAACAAUUUUGGCGAGCUGCGAGCAAAUAAUGACAACUAUGAGACACUUAUCAACGCUACCAACAUAACGCAAGUUUCCAAUACUGUCGCACUCAAUAAACAAAGAAGGACCAGCUGGUCAGCCGGUUUCAAGGGUAUAACCUUUCACAAUCUCAAAGAAUUAGACCUUCGAUCUUGUCAAAUAGAUAUCCUUGAUAACUUUACAUUCAAAGGAAUGCCUGCAAUGCAGAAACUAUAUCUCGGAGAGAAUAAGAUACACCACAUCAGCGCAAACGCUUUCUCUGGGCUCAGAGAUCUGAUCCACUUAGAUCUGAGUAGAAACAUGGCAAGUACAGAUACAAGUGAAGGAGUUACUUUCGAAUCGUAUGACGUAUUUGAUAAACUGCCAAAUUUAGCCCUAUUAGAUUUUUCAUUCACUACGCUAACUAACCGAAAUACAAAUUUGCUUGAACGUCUUGGCAAAAGCAUACAAAUUCUAUCCCUAUGUUAUACGGCAUUGAACAGGCCGAGAGAAUUUACGUUCCGAAACACAUCGUUAGUUUAUAUGGACUUGUCUGGGAAUUUAGAUAUACUUAAUUCUCCAAAUAUUUUAAGAGGCCUUGAGCGCUUAAGAGUAUUAUUCGCAGAGUUCGUGGGACUAAGAUCGUUAGAUGCCGUAUCGAAUUUAACUAAAUUGGAAAUACUUAAGGUUAACGACAAUGAAUUAAUGCAAAUUGAUCCUGAUUCACUUACCAAGCUAAACAAUCUACAGAUAAUCGAUUUAUCAAGGAACAAAAUAUCGUCGUGGUUCACAAAAACUUUCGACUAUUUGUUUAAUUUGAAGAUGCUGAUCUUGAAGGAAAAUAACAUUAACGUCAUUACUGAGGAAAUGCUAAAAGAUAUCAAACAUAUUAGAUACAUAGCAUUUGCUAAAAAUUUCAUGGUAUGCUUUUGUCAGAUGAGGGAGAUGUACAAUAUUGGUCUACAAAACGAAUUCAGAUUAAAUGCAACAUUGAUACGACCACUGUACAAUAGGAAUGUGUAUAACAACUCAUUAAACAUACAAGACGCAUUUAGUACAUACAACAAUGUAAUACGAAACCGAAGAAAUGUGACUGAGGAAUGCUUCCAUGAAGGCAAACCUACUGGAGAUUGUUUUUUAAAGAGCUCGAUGAAUUUUACUAUGCAAGGCGAUUUUCUUUUUGUUGACUACGAUUAUAUAGACUACAGCUGCUUGGGUUUUGAUAAUUCAGAGACAAUUUCGAUUUCAAAAGUGACAUUUUGCAAUCAGACUAAUAGAUAUUUAGAUCCAGAGGAUGACCUUGAAACGGAGCUUAAAUUGAUAUACCUUUUGAUCAUCCCGGCAGUAUUGUUGCCAGUCUUGUUAUUUAUCUACGCGUUUAGGCGCAACUUUAGAUAUUGCCUAAUAUCGAUGAGAAACUCUGCGAUGCUUAGCUUGAUCAAUACUAACGAUAUCGGAGAUGAAACGAAGAACUUCAACUACGACGUAUUUGUGUCUUAUUGCAACGAGGACCGUGCGUGGGUAUUGGACCAACUUCUGCCACACGUGGAAAAAGACUGCAACAUCAGUGUUUGUCUCCAUGAGAGGGACUUCCAGGUUGGACUAUCAAUAUUGGAGAACAUCGUAUCUUGCAUGGACAGGUCAAAGUCAAUUAUGCUGAUCAUCUCCCAAAGGUUCCUCUUAAGUCAGUGGUGUCAAUUUGAGAUGCAUCUUGCUCAACACAGGCUUCUAGAAACGAGGAGAGAAGACCUCAUCCUGAUUCUUCUAGAAGAAAUACCGAGACGACUCCGACCGAAUACUUUACACUAUCUGAUGCUAACAAAAACGUACGUAGUAUGGCCGAAAGAAGUGUCGGAGAGGGACCUGUUUUGGCGAAGAAUGAAGAAGAGCCUUGCACAUCAUAGAAUGAAGAUAAUUGAGAAUGACUCCUUGGCAUAGCUUAUUUUAAGGCAGCGCUGUCAAACAAGGCUUAAAUAAAGGCCAAGUCCAACAAAUUUAUGAAUAUAAAAUAAUUUGGCUUAACUGACUAACGGUUCAUAUUGUAACAUUGCCUAAACCGCUGGAAAACAGUCUUGAAAUUUAAGAGAAAGAUUCCUCAAAUGACGGAAGUGAGCACUAAGAAGGUUUUUUUUUGGAAAAUACAAAUCUGAGAGAAUACAAUAUGGGGUGACUGAUUAUAAAAAUAUGUCAUUUUCAUAGUGAUGCACAACAUGCCGCGGCCUCUGUUUAGAAAUAAUUAAUAUAAAAGCAUGUUGUAGUACAUCAAUUUUGAAGGAAUAAUUCAAAGCUAAGCUGAUAAAUGAUAUGUUUGAUGUCACCAACUUCAGAUCAUUUAUACAUCUUGAUACACUGACAGCUUUGAAAAAAAUAGCGACAACUGUUAAACUCUAUUUUGAGCAACGCACUCACAAUAACAUAAAGUGACAUACAAAUCACCAGUGUAAGACGUAGCUUGUCGCGCACACUAAAGUAAUAAACCUGGCCUGUUUUAAUCGGUUGUCCAACGGCAAGGAGCUCUAUAGUCUAUCUAGACGUAUAAAUUAUCCCUUAUCUUCAGAUGACCUGUUUGUUCUCCAGUCCUAUAAAAAAGUAAUCAUUCAUCAUUAGCCAGAAGACGUCUCCUGCUGGACAAAGGUAGUCAAAGAUCUCCACGACGAUCGGUCAUGCGCUGCCUUCAUGCAACGUAUUCCGGCGAUAUUGACCAGAUCAUCGCUUUAUUUUGCCACUUAUGGGGGGCCUACCAACAUUGCGUGUUUCGGUACGGUGGUCACCAUUCGAGGACUUUACUGCCCCAACUAUGUACCCAGCUUUCUGCCACUUCAGUUUGGCAAUGAUUUUAGCUAUAUCGGUGACUUUGGUUCUCCUACGGAUCUUUUCAUUUCUGAUUCGAUCUCGCAGGUAAAAUCCGAGUAUAGCCCUCUGAGCAACCAUGAGCUUUCUCAUCGGGCCCAUAGUUAGCGAAGUAAUCAGUUUAAUAACUAUAAUAAAUUUAAAUUGCAUGUAUGCUCUGAGCAACCAUGAGCUUUCUCAUCGGGCCCAUAGUUAGCGAAGUAAUCAGUGUAAUAACUAUAAUAAAUUUAAAUUGCAUGUAUGCAUUCACGCCUCCGAGAGGUAUAUGUGGAAGUCCUGUCCUGCUCGCCACUCUACUCGUUUACACCGUUUCAUGCCAUCUUUCUAUUCAUGGUACUCAGUCUCCUCCCCAACACUUAAGAUGAUAGGUACUAAAGGUAUUGAGCUUAUAUGUAUUACUUACUGGAGAAGCAUUGAUGUACUAUGAACAACUUGACUUACUAUCGCCUAUUAAAGGGUCCUCAAAAUAUCGAUGGUGCUUUGUAUAUACGUAAUAACUUUUAACAUUAACAGAUAUACAGAUAACAUUACAACAUUCAUUUAAAUUAACAUCUUAUUUUGUGGCAGUAAUUUUCAAAGUUUAUUGUAUACGCUCAUAAGAAGCUCAUUGAUUGUGGUUCAUUCGUCAGCGCCAUUAUUUAGCAAAAUGAAUAAAAACGUCAAGAUAUUUGCACAAUUUUGUUAAUUCAAAAGGGGCACUUAGCUGAAAUACGAUACUCCAUCCUUUUUAAGUUAAUAUAUGCUGUUAUAUGGACAGUUUUCACUAAAGACUUUGUCAUUGCGUGGCGUUGUAUUCAAAGCGCGGUCAUCACACAAAUUAACGAAAACUCUGCGUAAUAGAAGCGUUGGCAGAGCUUAGCUUCAGAGAAUUUUUGAGCGCGAUAGUGAGUCUAAGUGUUUAUUGUAAGUCGAUGUUGAGAAGUAAUUUUAUCUUGAUUUUUUUUAACGUCGGUUGUGGUCAGCUGUAGUUAGCUCGCUUAGUCUAUGCUAAGCGUUUGUAGCAAUAACACGUAACAUUUGAGUGCUGGGUUCCGUUUAAAAUAUGCCUUCGUUUCUAUUGUGAAACUGUUUUAAUAACUAAAGCAGUGAACUUUCACCACUAAAAUCAACGAAAAAUUUUUUAAUACUAUUAAUGUAAUUAUUAUUUGUUGAUUUAACUGUUGACGAUAAUUGUAUGUAGAAAAUAUUACCUAAAUUACUAAAAGUAACAGUACAUAUUAUACAACAAUAACAGUACAAGUAAUAUAACAGAAGUGUAAUUCAGCAGUCGCCUUGCAUUUUUAUACCUACGUGUGGGGUGAGUGCUAGGGUUGGUACAUACAAAAAUAUAACGUGGACGGCGCGGCGCUGUAAUUUAACUCGGACAGCGACCAGUCUCGAUGGCGUACGACGUUUUGUCUUCCCAAGAUUGCUUAGCGGCCGUAUAAGAAGUGUAUCUGUGUGCGUGCGUCGAUUAGCGCGCUCUAGUAUCAAGUUUACGUACUAUUAAUUUAUUUAUUUGGGCAACUAACAAAUGACACCCUCUACAUGCUUAAAAUAUAAUAAUAAUAUGGAUAAGAGUUAAUUCACUUAUAAGCUACCAUAGAAUUCAUAAUUUUUCCUACGUACAGUAAUUUUUACAAUUUAAAAACUAAAAUCUAUAAAUAUUGUAAUAAAUAAUUUAAAAUAAAAAUGUAAUAUGAAAACAGCUAAUAGUGACUAAUAGGCCACAAGCGGCUCAAACAACUUUCAGCCCAGUUGUCUCGUCAAUACGAUACCUAAAUAUAAUUUUCUUAUAUCAUCACCAGUAUUUGUAAAUAGUAAUCGGUGGUAAUAAAUGGUGGUGUAAAUAAACUAUAAGUUAAAUUAUUUUUAAAUUAGUAACCCAUAGUCCUAAAAGAAUUUGUAUAAUUUUAAGACAAGGUAACUAAGUAGGUACAAUCAAAGAGUAAGAUUAAAAUUAAGUUAACAA